CAUCCUGCAUAACGUUUGCUGUAUUCUGCGCGAAAAGGUGCGCACAAGGUCAAACCAGGGCGAUAGAGGUGGGCUGAGAAGACAAGCGAAAGGAGGAAGAGUGAAACAUUCAAAUUGUUUGAGCUGAUGACAUGAUAUGCGUUGUCCUCUGAGACUCUUUACUACCACCAUCCGUAAAGUCCGAUUAGACAAUUCAGACAACAUGCUGCAAUCUCCAUCAGCAGAAAGAAACAAGGAGCCUAUGCUAAAUGUUUUAAAGGACCACUUGGCAGUGGAUAAAAAGGGACAGGUCCUGGAAAUCGCCUCUGGUUCUGGGACACAAAUUGCCCUAUUUGCUGAAAAUUUUCCUUUGAUGACAUGGCAGCCCAGUGAAAUUGAUACAAGGUGUUUAGAAAGUAUUUCUGCCUAUAAAAAUCAUUUUGGACUGCUAAAUCUAAAUGAACCUAUUUCAAUUGAUGUCACAACUCCUGUUCAAUCUUGGAAUGAAGGAAAAUUCCAGAUCGAUUCAAUGGACGCUGUGGUUAACAUGAACAUGAUUCACAUAUCACCCUGGGAGACUGCAGUAGGUUUAUUUAAAGGUUGUGGAACUCUGUUGAAAUCUGGUGGUUUGCUUUUUUUGUAUGGGCCUUUUGCAGUCCAUGGUAAACUGACUCCAGAAAGCAAUGUUUCAUUUCAUGCAUCCCUCAGGCAAAGAGACAGCAGCUGGGGAAUAAGAGAUGUUGAUGAUGUGGAAAAACUUGCAAACCAGAAUGGAAUGUCUCUAAUGAAAACAGUCAGUAUGCCAGCAAAUAAUAAAACUUUAAUCUUCAAGAAAUCCUAGAGAAUAUUAUACAUCCUCAAAGCACACUCAACAACAGCCAGUCUGAUUUCUUAUGAGAUUUAUUAGAAUCAAAUGUAUCAUAUUGCUACUUCUGCAAAAUUUCAUGUACAUGUAGAGAAUCUGAAUAAAAAUAUUCCCAGUUCAAUUAAACUUUGUCUAUCCACCUUCUGUUUUUAUAACUGUCUUAAAUAAACAGGAAAUAAAAUUGCUUUCAACUUUCAAA